UGUCUGUGGUUUGAAUUCCGCCGGGUCACCUGGUUACCUGCUGGUUAACUCGCCAGGUUUAGGUGGUUCUCCUGGCGGAGGAGCUAGCUUAGCCUCGUUAGCAUCCUGCCCCCAGUUGGCCUUGUGUCGGUGGAGCUUCACCUUCGCUAACGUUAAACCUGAAAACGUGACUUUAUCGUGACGUUUAUUGUUGUACAGUGUGUGUCACACAACAUGGCGCGUGCAGCGGACACACACGGCUGGUCAGGUGGAGUCAACCCGCAGGUGAAGUGAGAAGUGAACCUGUCCAGCAGAGUCCAGAACCCAGCAUGUCUCCAUCAGUGUGUUGACGCUGACUUCUUCCCCGACGCUGAGCAGAGGGAGGCAGCUGGAGGGGGGCCAGCGAGCAUGCGGCACCGGCCUGGGGUGUCCAGGAGGCGGCGCUGCUGAGAGGGAAGCGGUCGGUGCUGAGUGUGUGUCUGCCGAGCCGAACAUGGACGACUUCAACAGCCGGAGUUACGGGACCAGCGGCCACGACAACAGACCUCUGUUCGGGGAGACGUCCGCUCGGGAUCGAAUAAUCAACCUGGCACUGGGGGGGUUCACCUCUAUGGUUGUUCUGGUGACGGUGGUCUGUUCCUUCGUGUUCCCCUCUUUGCCUCCUCGACCGUUAAAUGUCUUCUUCGCCGUGUGCAUCCUGUUAACCUGUGGAUCCACCAUCGUGCUGAUAUUCUGGUACCGACAGGGAGACCUGGAACCUAAAUUCAGGAACCUGAUCUAUUACAUGCUGGCGUCCAUCGUGCUGCUGUGUCUAUGUGCCAACCUCUACUUCCACGACGUCAGGUAAACACCAGGACGAGGAGGAGGAGGAGGAGAAGGAAGAAGGGAGGACAUGGCUCCGACAGACUGACGCACACGUGGAAGAAACAUGCGACCAAAACAAAACUGUCACUCGCUGACUUGAGUGAAUUUUCCGCCAAGACUCUUAAGGAGAGACCGGACGGUUCCAGAUUCAAACUGGUGCCGGAUCAUCCACAGACACACCAGCUCAGUGUGGAAAUCAUGAAGAACAAGACAGAGGCUGUAAAGCUGCCUGGAGGACAAAGCUUCUGAUGAAAAGCUGUGUUUUCAUCCUCAGUGAUUUCAUCCUUCACAUCUUCAGGUUUGAUACGAUGGAGAAAUAAUUAUGCAAAUGUUAAAGGAAAAAUCCACCACGAGUGUAGAGAUGGUUUUCUCUUUUGGUUCCCUUUAAACCUGUAUUUUACAUCAACCUGAGACUGGAUAUAAAUCUACACUUGUUGGUUUUAACUGUUCAGAUUUGAUCAGGGUGGAUUUUUCCUUUUAAAGCAGGAUGAAGGUCACUGAGCGUGUAAACACAGAAGGGGGGGGGGGGUUAACGGAUCUGCCUCUUCCUGUUCUACGAACUCACAACACAAACAUCUUCUUGUUUGUUUUUCUUUUCUCUGUCUGUAUCUGCUUCUUCUCUGCUUUUUCCCCUUUAUCUGAUUUUCACGGUUGGAUUUAAUCAAUUUUCCAAAUCACGUCUCGUUAAGAGGAUUUUUGUUUUUUAAAUUAGAUUUAAAUGUCGAAUUACUGCGACUGCCAAUUCUUGCACUAAGUACGGCUGAAUUACACUUUUGUCUAAGCCAUUCACACACACACACACACUCUCAGGCCAGCUGUAGCACCAACUAAGAUGAAUGGAGGCUUUCUAUGCAGCACAGAAGCUGCACACAGAUCUGUAAACGAUUCUAUAUCAUAUUGAUGUGUUCGCCAUCUAACGUUUGCACUGUUAAUCCUGCGUUUUGCAUAUCUGAGGUCAGCCUCUGGGCGUCUCUCGCACUUCAGGAGCUUCAAGUCACAAUUUUUACAUCAGCAAUAAUAAUAAUGAUCGUGAAAACGUUUUGUAUUUUAGCUCAACACAUUCAAAAUGUUAGAAAACCACGUUGGCGAAGGAAGCACAUCCACAACCUGCCAGUAGCUGUCGUGACCUGGUUCUUGUUAGUUUCACAGAGUCGCUCCUCUCAGGUUUGUGAAGAAGAAUCCAGAAACCCUGUGGGAUCAUGAAAAUCCUCCUGAAGGAGCUGAGGCCACGGGAUAAAAGAAUAAACUUCAUGUUUUGACUUCUUCCCCUGAGGUCUGCGAACAAAACCAGGUCACAGAGCAACGCACAGUCACUGAAGUCACACACUCUGUACUGAAGCUUCAAGUUAGUCAGAACAAAGCCUGAGUCUGAAUCUAUCAUCAGUCCAAAGAAAAGUUCCUGGAGUUAUUCUGUUUAAAUGUUUGUCUGGAAAUCUCAUGAAAUGAACCAAUGAUGUGUGAAUACAUUCAGAUCCUGUGUAUGUUCUGUGUCUCCAGAUGUUUCUUACUCGUCUGAUCAGCUCAUGUUUGGUUUCUGUGUUUUCAUGAGAUUUGUUGACGGUAAAAGAAAAAGUGUAAAAAGAACCUGUAGCUUGUUUCUUCUCUUUAAACCGUGAACAGCUUCGUUUUCAGCGGAUGAAGCUUUAAACUCUGAACUUCAGGAACUUGAAGCCGACCUCGCCACGACUGUAGGAUUGUUAAUGCCACGUGUUUCUCUUUUCUUUUUUAUUUAAUUAUUCUAUGGAAUAAAUAAUUAUGUAACCUGAA